AUGUCUGGGUUUCUAGCACUAUAUCGUGGUGAACGUUAUCACUUGCGUCGCUUUAGAGGAAGAGGGAACCAUCCUAGAGGUGCGAUGGAGUUAUUCAAUUAUAGGCACUCAUCAUUGCGUAAUGUGAUUGGACGUUGUUUUGGACUUCUAAAAGCCAGGUUUCCAAUUUUGAAGUCAAUGCCUCCAUACUUGCUUGGAAAGCAACGUCGAAUACCAAUAACAUGUUGCGCUAUCCACAACUGGAUCAAAAUGCAUUCUAUUAAUGAUAGAAUGUUUGAACAAUAUUCAAUUGAUGCCACACCUGUCGAAGAUAUUGAAGGAACUGAAAGCCAAUCUAAUACAACAAUAGAAAACCAACAAGAAGGAGAUGAAGCAGGAAUUUCUGAGGCACCACAGAUUAAUUUCAGUCAAGCUUAUAUGGCUCAGAUGGAACAUGUUAGAGAUGACAUUGCUGGACAAAUGUGGCUUAGUUAUAGCAACAAUGUUUAG